AUGAUGCUGAGAGUAGGAGGGGCAGCCACCUCUCUCGCACUGCUGCUGCUGCUGCCGCUGCUCUGCUGCUGCCACCUGUGCCACUCACUGCGGGUUCCAAAACUCUCCUCCUAUGCGAAAGCAGAGGACAAGCUGUUCAAAUACCUCUUCGGAAACUACCAGAAAUGGGUUCGUCCUGUGGAAUACCUAAACCAAACGAUCCGUGUGAAGUUUGGACUGGCCAUCUCCCAGCUGGUUGAUGUGGAUGAGAAGAAUCAGCGAAUGACAACCAACGUGUGGAUGAAACAGGAGUGGAUUGACAUGAAACUCAGAUGGAACCCUGAUGACUAUCUGGGCAUCACAAUAAUCCGCGUCCCAUCUGACAGGAUCUGGCUCCCUGACGUUGUACUGUAUGAUAAUUCAGAUGGGCGUUUUGAGGGUACUGUCACCAAGGCUGUUGUUAAGUAUGAUGGAACUGUUUCAUGGACACCGCCGGCCAAUUACAAGUCAGCCUGCACCAUUGAUGUCACCUUCUUCCCUUUUGACCUCCAGAACUGUUCAAUGAAGUUUGGCUCCUGGACAUAUGAUGGCUCCCAGGUGGACAUCAUUCUGGAGGACUUCCAUGUGGACAAGCGAGACUAUUUUGACAACGGCGAAUGGGAGAUAGUGAAGGCCACAGGCAGCCGCAGUCUGAGGACAGACGGCAGCUCUCUCUAUCCCACCAUCACCUACUUCUUCAUCAUCCGCAGGCUGCCUCUUUUCUACACCCUCUUCCUCAUCAUCCCCUGCAUUGGCCUGUCCUUCCUCACCAUCCUCGUCUUCUAUCUGCCCUCCAACGGUGGCGAGAAGAUCUCUCUCUGCACCUCAGUCCUGGUGUCGCUCACAGUUUUCCUCCUGGUCAUCGAGGAGAUCAUCCCCUCCUCUUCGAAGGCCAUCCCUCUCAUCGGGGAGUACCUGGUCUUCACCAUGAUCUUCGUCACGCUCUCCAUCAUCAUCACCGUCUUCGCCAUCAACAUCCACCAUCGCUCCUCUUCGACACAUAACGCCAUGGCGCCCUGGGUGAGGAGGAUUUUCCUGCAUCGGCUGCCAAAGCUGCUGUGCAUGCGCAGCCAUGUGGACCGCUACGCCACAGCUGGAGCUGCCAGAGUGGGAGGGCUGGGCAUGGUGAAGGGCUCAGUGCCUGAACUGACACCUCUUCUCUACACCAGACAUAAUCUACAAGCAGCUUUGGAUUCUGUUCGCUACAUAACCAUGCACGUGGUCAAAGAAAAUGAGGUCAGAGAGGUGGUACAAGACUGGAAGUUUGUAGCCCAGGUCCUGGAUCGAAUGUUUCUUUGGGCCUUCCUCCUGGUGUCGAUCCUGGGCUCUGCUCUCCUCUUCAUCCCGGUUAUUUACAAAUGGGCCAACAUCAUCGUCCCUAACCACGCUGGAAGUACCCUCUAA